UCGCGCGCCCCUCGAACACGUAGUGUUUCCCGCAUACACGCAAGAAAAACCGCUCGCCAUGAAGUGCUUCAUUGUCCUCCUUGCCAUCGUGGCGGCCGUCAGCGCUGGCGGAUAUGGCGGAUAUGGCCAUGGUCCCCAGGUGAUCCACCUGCCGGCUGGCCCCCAGAUCCCAGCCCAGAACCCCGCCCCGCUCGCCCCCCACGGCAAUGACCAUACCACCAGGAUCCACUACUCUGGCUCGCAUGUGGGUCAUCCACACUUGGUGGGUGUUGAGCACUACAACGCGGCCCCGCACUACGAACCCAGCGUCACGAACGUCGCUGUCGGUCACGGCGGAGGAUACGGAGGAUACGGCCAUCACUAAGAAGAAGUCCCCAGACAGCCAGCAGACCCGCUGGUCCGGGGUGGUCCACGCCGAGCGCGUCAUCCUGAGGCUGAUAUGAAGGCAGCUCGAGGCAUAUAUACAUUCAGCGAGACCACGCAGACGCGAGAUCACAAAUAGACGGGCCGGCGACCGGCGAUUGAUCGGUUGUAUAGGUUAAACCGUCGAUUUUACGUCGCGAGCGCGUCCUCCACCCGCCGGACGAUUCCGAUCAGGCGGCAGGGAGGACACGUCGUUGGGUCGCACACGCGACCCACGGCGGCUCGAUCAGUGGGAUUCGACUGCCUCAGGAUAGCCGCACGUCUUGGGCCACUCGAGGACCGCAGAGACCAGGCAGCCAGACUCUAAGCAAAGCCCCUUUUUUAUCUCUUCUUCUUCUUCUUCUACGACCACUUAUUCAGACUAUUCUCUUCUGACUCUUCUCUUCGCCACCUUGACGCUACAUAUGACACGCAUCACACAUCACUACCCACCACCACACAGAGUAUGCGCGGAGACCAAGGAAAAAAGAUCUAGCAGGCCAUCCAUCUGCCUCCGACAACACCCCCAACGAUCAGCCAUUCGCCCAUCGUCUCGUCAUCGAAAUUAGUUGUGCGGCAUGACCUCGAAGAAGACACCACGACAUCAGAGCGGACGCCCUCUUUCUCCCCCCUGCCCCCCAACCCUUUAUCAUUCGUCUCUCCCGGCAACAACACUUUUAUUUAUUUUGUAAUAAAAGUUGAUUUUUAUGUCUUGUGAUAAAAAAGAA